CUCUGGAGCGUUAAACACUUGGGGAGAACGACCCGCCGUCAAUUCGAGUCAAGUUGGCACGUAACGCGUGACCGGUGAACAAUUGUAGGAUCGGGUAAAACGGAUGUUUCUGUUGUCGAUAAAAAUGAAACCUUGGGCCUGUGGAAUGUAGGAGAUAUUCAUGGCGGUAGCCUGCAGGGUUAUGGCGGUAGAAUUACUGCGCUAGCAGAAUGGAUGGCAUGCAAGCGACAGUAGGAAAUUACAUUUGCCACCCAAAGGCAGGUUCGUUUAUCGCUUUAUGUUCCGGUGGUUGAAGGAUAUGCGUAACCAAUGACAAUAAAGUGAAAGGUGAUUGUUUUACGAGCGGUGCGGAUUCCUUAUAACGAAAAGUACAUCAUUCAGGUGCGGUAUCGUUGCAGGUUUCCAGUUUUUGCCCAAGGAUGUGCGGUUCGGAAUAUGAAGAGCAAUACAAGUGUUAAUGGGUUUUGGGAGGGGAGCGUCCUGGUUCAGAUGGUAACAUCAUCUGAUACGAAUCUUAGCUGGUAUACGACAAUUAGUGAUAGAGUGUUGAACGAACUGCUGGAGGGGGGUCUGGAGGAUUCCAAUGUGAGCAGUGUACUGUUGAAAACUACUUCCUAUUCGUCACAUCUGGCAACAACUGACGACUUGUGGAUAUAUCAAACGACAUUCCUGCCGGAUGUUCAACAAACGUCGAGGGAUUCCAGUUCCAGUAGUUACGACAUCGAUCAGCAAACGUUCGUGUAUUACGCAGAAGUGUUGAGUGUCAUAAAUUUUUACUACAUUCCUGCACUUGUGCUGUUCGGCAGUAUAGGAAACAUACUCUCGGUGUUGGUGUUCUUCAAAACUAAGCUAAAGAAAUUGUCUUCCUCCUACUAUCUGGCAGCUCUCGGGCUGAGUGAUACGUGCUAUCUAGUUGGGCUGUUUAUUCCCUGGCUGAACCUAGUCGAUAUCAAGAUCUACACCCUAGAGUUUUACUGUCAAUUUUUUACGUUCUUCAGUAAUUUGUGCAGCUUUCUCUCGGUGUGGUUUGUGGUGGCUUUUACGGUGGAACGGUUUAUUGCUGUUUUGUAUCCUUUGAAGCGGCAAACUAUGUGCACAGUGCGGCGUGCCAAGAUGGUGAUAACUGCACUGACACUGAUUGGAGUGUUUAUCAGCCUGCCGGUGAUAUUCUUCGCAUCGCCCCAGUAUUCGCCGGCCAUGAAUGAAACCAUCUGUGAUAUGCCCGAGGAAUAUAAAGACCAGAUGACGAUGUUCAACUACUUGGAUACGAUUCUGGUGUUCGUGGUUCCAUUUACGGUAAUUGUAGUUCUCAACACCUUCACCGCGCUAACCGUGUGGAAAUUUGCCGGAGUUCGGCGAACGAUGACGAUGCCGCGAAGCUUUGGCGGUCUGCGAGAGUCUCGGCGCCAUCAUCAUCAGCAUCAGCUCAAUCUAUCUUCCUCCGAUGCACAGUUCCUGAAUGGGAAUGGCGUUGUACAGCAAGUCCAUCAUUACAGUCGGAGUAGAGUAGCAAAUUCUCAGAUUAAAGUGACGAAAAUGUUGCUGAUAGUUUCAACGGUUUUCGUUUGCCUUAAUCUGCCAAGCUAUGCAGUUCGAGUGAAAAUAUUUCUCGGGACCGAACAUGCCCAUAUCGUGUUGCUGGUGCAAAACUGCUGUCAUCUGUUCUUCAUGACAAAUUUCGGCAUUAACUUCAUCCUGUACUGCGUCAGUGGGCAGAACUUCAGGAAGGCGGUGUUUGGGAUGUUCCGUAAGCACAGCAUGAGACAAAUAAACCAGGAGCAGGCAUCCGGGACCCAAAUUUCAGAGUUCAUCCUCCGUAGCGGUUCCAAGAUGCGACGAAAUACAACCACCAACAACGACGCGGACAAUUCGUGGCGAGAUCUGACCGACUAUCAAAUUUCCAACUUUGUAAAGUGAACGAAAUGAGAACGGACGUGAAAUUGGAUUCGUUUCCAUUCUUCGGUGGUACUUACGUUGUAUGACUGGUACGUCCAGUUAUCUACUGUCGUCACCCGAUGAGCGCGGUAAAUUGGUGCCGUUGUAUAAAUAUAUCGUUUACAAGAAACAUUUUUAUUUGAAGGAUAUGUGAUUCCGAUUAAUUCGACUGAUUUCAAGAUACCAUCAAAUAUCAAGUUGUAAUAAGCCAUAAUAUAAUAAGUUAGACGAACAUGUAAGUGAACAUUUUUUCGAAGUACCAUUGCAAAGGGAUUGCUGAUUAAGUGUAAAAAUUCCAAUCCGAUAAUCAUGAUCAGCAUUUUCCAAUCAGUGUCUCGCAGAAUGUGUAAUUUCGCCAAUAUUUCAAGUUCAAUAUAAAACUGUGAUUGGGUAGGUUGCAUAAAUCUCUUUACUUAGUUAUAUUUUUAUUAAAUUAUAA